GCGUGGUCACACAAAAUGGCUACCGGCUCUGUUCCAGGUAAAGGGAGCAGCGCAGGCUCUUCUUCAGUCAUAGACACGUUAUCACAGCUGAGCGAGUCAGCAUCUGACGGUCUCUCAUCUGUACUCGAUACCUCUAACUUUGAGGAUGACAUUCCUAAAGUAACUGAUGUUCCUUCAUUGGACAGUAUUCUUAAUGAGGAUACUGACUCCGCCCCCACUAUUGACGAGUUAGGGCUACGAGAUCUGUUGAAUGAUGAAGGUGUCUUAGCCGCACCCAGUUUUCCGACUCAUCUUGACAAGUCAUUAUAUCAUCCAAAAGAAGGUACGAUACUCAAACAGACGUCACUAGAAGGGAUAUCUAAUCAGUUAACAAGAAGCAACGUUCGUGCACUUUGUGGCUCCCCUACUGCAAUAGCUGUUGGUGUGUAUAGAGUAAUUGGUACAUCAAGAGGACUAGCUUUAAUGUUUGAUUCUAAAGAUCAAAUGAAGUCCAUGCUUACGCCAUAUAAGGACCUUAAGCCGGACCCAGAGUCUUCGUUUGGUGCUGUGUCAGCAAUUGAUCUCAUUCACGAUGGGACACGCCUACUUAUUGGACACGCUAAAGGCUUGAUCACUCACUGGGAUCUUGAGAGCAAUAAGACGCUUAGGUUUAUUGAAGACGCUCAUCCUCCUGGCUAUGCCGUCCUCAGUAUUAAAUUCACUGAUGAUCCCUCGGUAGUUAUUUUUAGCAACAGUGGCGGUAACGUGUUUUAUCUCAAGUUCAGGCGUAAUUUUACUGGUGUCAGGACAUGGACCUCUGAAUGUUUUUUCUCUGGAUGUAAUGGUGAAGCUUUCAUGUUUGAGCCUCUUAAACUUGAGAGUGUUCCAGGUCACCCUCUGAAGGAGUACUGUAUGGUCGCCGUGGCAACAGUGACUCAGGUAAUUAUUAUCAGUGUGGCACCUAGACUGGAAGGACUCAUUGCCAUUCCACACUCGGGGAAGCCUAAUACGCUUCCUUUGCUGUCAUGGCAGUUUGUCCUAAUUGAGAACAAAGGGCUUCAAAAAUCUGAGUCAGCACUUUACCCGGUCCUGGCUGUUGCUCGAGACAAUUUGGUAACUUACGUUCAGCUUCAAGAGGUUGACGGUAAGCCGGACUUCCAAAUGCUAAAGAAACUGCAAGUGAACUAUACCAUCACCUGCUUCAAAUGGAUCAAUAGUCAGAUUGUUGUCAUUAUGGACACUACUGAGAGAAUACACUUGCUUAAUGUCAGGGAUAAUGUGGAGAUAGAAGUUCUGGAUCUUAAAGACGUUGAACUGGUUUAUGGAACCAGUUUUUACAAAUCACUUGAAACCGGAGGGAACGUCAGUCCAGCACUGGCUGUGGCCAGUGAGUAUGCUUGCUAUAAUUCCAUUGUGUCUUAUCAAAACAAGCUCUUCCUUUUGGGGCUACACGCGGUCCACAAGAUAGUCAUUAAAUCAUGGAAGGAAAGGCUUGCAAGUCUUGUCAAAGAAGGCGAUUAUGUGAAAGCCAUUGAGUUGGGGCUACAGUUUUAUGAAGGAAAGGCCAAAGCUGUCGUUGGUCUGUCUGGCUCUACUAAGAAGAGAAAGGAGUUUGUGAUGGACCAGGUGGUUGAUAUAUUGCAAGGAUUUGUCGACAUCAAACUGAUUGUUAAUAAGCCGACAAGAGUCCCCGAGCAAAACCUUCAGAAAUAUUACGAGUCUGUCAUCAGGGUUGCCUUUAAUACUUGUGUACGUCUUGAAAAAUUAGAUCUUUUGUUUGGCCCUCUUUACGAUACUUUUAGUGGAGAGGGUAAAAUUUGUAAAAGGACGUUCCUCGAAGUACUGUACUCUUUCCUUGUUGAUAAAAAGAUAUCUUCUGUACGUACAAUAGUCGCCAAGGAUUUGAUUGAGUUUUAUAAAGAGGAAGGAACGAGAAAAGAGCUUGAGCAAUGCAUUUUGAAUAUUGAAGCAACUUCAUUUGAUAUUCAUCAUAUAGUUGAGCUUUGCUGGUCACAGCAGUUGUAUGAUGCAAUGUUUUAUAUUUAUAAUUCCGGUCUCCAUGACUACACCACACCUCUUCUGGAGUUGCUGUUACAAUUAAGAACUUCAAUGAAGAGGAACAAAUCGCUCUCUGAUCAUUAUCAGAAAAUAGGUUACAAACUGCUGGUGUACAUAAGGUGUUGUUUAAGUGGUUUGGCUUAUCCUUCAGGAAAUAUCCCACCCUCAAAGCAAUUGCUAGCAAAGACAUCAAUUUUUGAAACUAUUUUAACUCCAAACAACACACACAAUCCUUCAGACAAAGCACGUUAUCCACACAUACAGACUUUACUGGAAUUCGACACAAAGGAAUUUCUAAAUGUUCUCUCGUUUGUAAGUGAUUGGAUUUGUGGUUUUGUGCACCAAUCAUUCAGUUACAUCCAUCAGCUAAUGUCUGAUGAUCAGUAUUCUGAACUAGAGAAGGAAGAUUGCACUAAAGCAGUGUUGGAUAAUGCUGAUAUUCUUCUCAAAACUGAUGUGAGGGCAACGGCUGAGCUAGUUGUCAUGGAUUUCCCUCUUGAAGUCUCAGACAUCACUCACCGAAUUCGUAACAACCCUGACCUCCAGUUUGAGUUCCUGCAAGGAGUCUUUGAUCCAAAGACGUCAAAGCAGGAUAUACAGCCUCCCUCUCACAUUGUGGAGAAGUACAUUGAGUUACUGUGCCUCUACAGACCAGAAGCUGUUUAUAACUUCUUGAGAACCAACGACAACUAUCGACUGGAAGAAGCACUUGACAUUUGUGCUAUGAACCGUGUUCGUGAUUCAAUUGCUUAUUUACUAGAGAGGACUGGGGACAUAAAAGGAGCUUUCAAAAUAAUUUUAGAAACAUUUAGUUCUGAGUUGACCAAGUUUUUAAACAAGCAUGCACCUUCACUUUUACCCUCGGCAGAGUUUGAGGCCGACAAAGGGAAAGUGGAGCACAUACUUCAGAUAUUGCUCCAGUUGUGUCAGAGGUCGUCGAGCAAAGUGGAUGAUAAAAUGAGAGACAAUAUGUGGCUCUCGACCUUAGAACUGGUACUGUCGCUUCCUAGGAAACAUAGUAACACUCAAAAUACCCAAUUAGUGGAAGCCAUGAAAUCCAUUCGAGCUGAUGUCCUUAACAGUGUGAUGGGUUAUAUUAAACUACCUGAUAUAUUGCAGACUAUCAUUGAAGACCCUAGCACCAGCCAGUUAAAAGAUGUGAGACCGAUUAUAAUGAAAAUGCUGGACACUUACAACUAUGAAGAAGUGCUAUUAAAAGCGACUACCCAUCUAUUAGUUCAUGAUGUGCAGCAGUCACUGACUUCCCUCUGUUCUCUAUCAUCUUCCAGUAUUACAUCUGACAGUGUCUUAUGUUGCCUUUGUAACAGACCAGCCGAUUCAGAGACACCAGAGGGAAUUGAUGACGUGAUUGUAUUCAGCUGCAAUCAUCUCUAUCAUUCAUCCUGUCUUGGUGUCACCGGAGCUCUCAUGGGUGUUACCUGCUUCCUAUGCGAUAAAAGUGCUAAACCUUCGGCAUUUUCUGGCCCCAUUACAACAGCAUGGGCAUUGGAGAUGAAGAGCGGCCAAAAGACAGCUCCGAGAUAUGAGAAAGUUCAGUUAGAUCACGAUCAAGUUAGGAGGCUCCAGAAGUUAACUCGUUCCUUCUCUACGCUAAGAGAUAGAUUUAUGAGCUCUGCUGCAGAACUCCGUCUUGCUCCUCCUCAGCUAAAUUGAAAGACUUUUUAAAUGUGUAUAAAUCCACUGUAUGUAUUAUUAGCUUUGCUGCUUGCGUGUGUGCUCUUUUGUCUAAAAAUAUCCUGAUUUUUUUUUAUAUUGGA